AUGAUUCGUUGCCAUUCUGCACAAGAAUCCCUUCGCAAACCUUAUGUGAUUGCCGAGCGAGAAGUCUUUUCACAGGGCAGUGUACAGUACCCCGUCACGCCCAUGGCCACCAAUGCACUUGAGCAAAAUGUGCAUUCCACUAUUGUCAGACGCUUGCAAGCAGCGCACCAGUCCACUGCAGACCUCUCGGCGGGAUUGACUCGGUUCCUUGUGGGUCCGGCCAUUCAUGCAGCUACGAAUCCGGCAGAGUCUCAACGAUUGACGCAAAGGGUGCUGGCAUUAAUGCAGAACAAUGUCCUUGUCUCGGAUGCAGAUAUGGUUAAAGCUCUGGGGUUAGUAGAGUCUACCGGUGACUUUGUCGCUGAGCCGGAUGUGGAAUACUUUUAUGUUCGAAGCUGGGCAAUCCACGCAACCGAUCUGGCAAGACUUCUUGCAAGCUGGGAAGAGGAAGGGAUAGAGCCCCGUGAGGCAUGGCAAUGGCUAUAUGCAAUUCAAAUAGCCGAAACAUGCUUUAUCCGAUACGUUGGUAAAUGCCGGGGCCCCGCUACACCGCACAAGCGAUAUACCACUGAUUUGAAGCAAAGGGAGUCGGGUCUUUUGCACGAUUUUUUGGAAGCACUGCAAGAAAUCGCCCCAGACUCGUAUGCAAGUGGUAAGACUUUUGAGUUUGUAGAGGGUAGACUUGGUGAGAUAGCCGAAGCAACGAUCAGGGAUGACCGUGAGAGGGCGAUUAUUGCGUUUUUUGACCGAGAAAAGCUUUUGAAUCGUCAGCACGGCGGCUUUUAUCAGUCCUACAUUCCAAGCAUUGAUGACUACCAUCUGUUCAAAGAAUUGAAUACCGACUUUAUCCGUCGCUUCCGCAAUGCGUGCACGAGCACCCACGAUGACAUGCUGAAGGCUAUUGACCAGUGGAUAGAGGAAACCAAAUGUUAUGCUGAAGAACACCCGAUCGAGACCAAGACUGGACUGCAUCCACUGACCCAAAAAUACAACACGAAACGACGGCACCAACUCUUGCCUCAGAUGAUCAACGAUAAUGUCAUCUUGCUGCUGAUUGGCAAGGACGUUACAUUUGAAGAAUAUAUUGGUUCUCACACUUUUCUUUCAGGAAAUUCACGAGCAGGGUACCUUACCAAAGAUUUUCUCGCGCGCCUUCAAGCGUACGAACGGGAUGCAUCAUCGUGGUCAACCCUUGACAAGUUGGCAUUCCCUUUUAUCAACUUAUUCCCAUGGAUGGGACAUGAAGACGUGACGUCCGCACUUGAUUAUCUGUCGGCAUUUCUUCGCAUUGUCCGUCCCAUCAUUACAGUUACAUUUUCGCAUUUGGUUACUUCAAGUGCACACGCAAAUUUCUAUCACCCAUACGGGCUUUCACAGGAUAACUUUUUGGAUAGCGUAGGCGUCUUGUCCCUGCGGCAUUUUGAAGAUCGUGACUGGCUCUCGUCUGUAGAAUCAGAGGUGACCGAAUGGACUAUUGUUAUUCCGCACUUGGAUCCCGGUUUUGACAAAUACGGCGCCCAACCUGUUGAACUAAGGGCUGUCAUCGACCUGACGUGGUACCUCACCUUUUAUGUUGCCCACCGUGCCAUGAAACUGCUGAGGGCCGGCAAGGGCGCCGCCAAGGGAAAAGGACCAGAUCGCACUACCCUCGUGAAACGGCUCUAUACGGAAUGCAGCGAACAUGAUCCCAUGUUCAUGGAUCCCGCUGUGGUCGCCUUGUAUGAACGUCUAAAACAAGCAAAAACGGCUCUAAAGGCCCAUUGGGAGGAUGUCCGACAACGCCGGCGACGUACGGUUCAACCACUGGAUGAGGAGGUUCGCAAGGUCAUGUCUGAAAAGGCGGUAGCGAGAAUCCUUCGAGGAGAGAGAGCCCGAGGUGCACCCAACUCGGAUGAGCGAAAAGCUCAAGUCAACCGUUUGUACAAACUCCACAUGCCGGAUACUUUUUUACAUGUCACUGAUUACAAAGAAGAUAAAGAUCGCUGGUUCCAGUGGGCCAUGACGUUGCCCGAAAACAUGUCAUUUGCGAUGAGCUCCCUUGCGCAAGCGAUGCCCAAAGCACAGCGUAUUCGCAAUUCCAUACGCAUGUUUCGACCAGCGGAAGCCACUGACGACUCUUGGAUGGAUGACCCAACUCGAAUGCGAAAGGCACUGCUAGCAAAAGGAGCUCACCUAAAACAAUUUCUCCCAGCCGACUUUUACUCGAGCGAGAAACAGCGUGAGCGAGUCUUGCGAAAAACAGCCAGCGAUCCGUUAUUUGCACACACAUCCGUUUUACAGGGUCGGGAGAUCAAAAUAUGGGCAAAUGGAGACAUGGUGCUGCGCUGGAUUGCGCCUGCCGAACUUUUGGAGGCACUUCAAACCGACCGAAAUGUUACGCUUAUUGUCAGAGGACCCAAACGAGCCGUGCCGAUCCAGGACGGCGACAAGCGAUUUGUCCAAUUUCUUGCUGAUGGCAUUGGACUUUAUGACGAGAAUGGGAGAGACAUUGGCCCGGGUGCACUGGUGCGUCAACAGGACUUUAUCCUCCACAAAUCUCACCGUUUGCUUCAGGCUUUGUGGGCAUCAGAAAGGGCCAUUAUCCAAGGAACUGCACCCAUUCCAGCUCUGACAAUCGAGGCCGCCGCUGAAGGACCUGUCCCCGUUUCCGUUUCCGUUCCAGCUCGUCGCCCAAGCUUGGCUCAAUCUAUAUCAGAAGCUCUGGCAAGGGGAAUGGAGACAGCUCUAAGUGAACCACUGGAAGCCGAGAAAAUGACUUCAGGACGUCCACCAUUCAAACAGCAGACUAGCAAAAAGACCAUGGCUGCUUUUGGUCCGGUUCAAGCAAACGACGGAUUGUGGUUGCUUCAACAGUGGCUAAAGGAAACCCAUCCCAAUGGAGGCACCUUCUCGCUGGCUGAUCCCAUCAUCUUUCCCAACCAACAAUCCAUGAUCCCUUCUUUUUCAAUGUUUUUGGACAAAUAUCCCAAUCAUCCCUAUCAUAAGGCUUGGAAAAAUUGGCUCUUACCCGAGGAAUUGGCUGGUGCAUCACGCCACAUUAUUGCCAACAUUCGGUAUCUAUGUCCCAACACAAGCAGCAAGCGGGUCCAGAGGAAAGAGACCCAGUUCCAAAGGUUGACUGUGAAGCCGCCCAUUAAAGAGUAG